UGAAAUAUCUCACUAACAAGCGUAGUUUCACGUUGGACGGAUGUAUGGCGUAAAAUAACUCAAUUUAAAGUGUGAACAUGUGUUUCGUUAAAUGAUUUUGUGGGUUAUGAAUGUGAUUUGUAAAUAGUUUCAAAUAGAUGAUAAUUAAAGAAAAUGUCGGAGAAACAAGUUCUAGUUUUGUCAAGAACUGUGAAAAGGAUAAAAUUAGUCCCACCUGACGGAGACUGGGGAUGGGUAAUUUUAAUAGGAAUAGGAGUUUCCAAUGUGUUCAAUCAGUCUAUGUUGUCCCUCUUCAGCUUGUUAUACGGAGAUGCUCUGGAAGCAAUGGGACACAAGACGCAAGGAGCGGCCAUAGUUCUCAGUGCUAUGCUUUUUGUAUGCAAUUUUAGUGGCCCGAUCGCCGGUGCUCUAGUUAAACUGACGUCAGCCAGAUUUGUAUCUGUGGCAGGAGCAUUUUUAUCCAGUUUGGGAAUUUUUGUUAGCGGUUUUUCUAGUAAUAUCGUUCACCUGAUAAUAAGCUAUGGUGUUCUAAUAGGUAUCGGAUUAGGUUUCAUUCAAAAUGCAUCGUUUGUGGCCAUAAAUAGUUACUUCAAAGUGAAAAAAAGUAUUGCUGUGGGAAUAGCAAUGGCGGGCACCGGCAUUGGGCAGACAGUAAUGCCACAUGUGGUGCGAUAUCUCUUGGAUAAUUAUGGAUUUUUAGGAGCAUGCUUACUGCUUUCUGCUCUCAGUUUACAUGGGAUAGCUGGAACGCUGCUCAUACAGCCCGUUGAAUGGCACAUGAAGAGAGUGGAAGAGGAGGUCGUAAUUGACGAAAAAAAGAAGUUACUAGAAAAUAAUUGCAAUACUAAUGAUGAAGUCUACAAAAGAACUAGACGAGCGACAAUCCCGUCAGUUUUACAAGAGAAUGGAAAGCAAAAAGUUGACUCGCAUAAAUUAUUAUCUCAAAGUUUUACACAAUUGCAGCAAAAUGACAAAUCAAAUGUUCCCACGAAUGAACAUAUAACUACAAAUGGAAACAGAAUUAUGAGUAUGCUAAAAAAUGUAUACGAUUUGCUCGAUAUCUCAUUAUUAUCAAGUCCUAGAUUUUUAAAUGUUAUUAUUGGCACAUCUUUAACCUUUGUUUCGAUACAAAACUUUAGCAUGUUGUAUCCACUUUUCCUACAGAGAGCUGCAAACAUGGAUAAGCAAGAAACUGCCAAUUGCAUGUCAGCUGUGGCCAUCGCUGAUAUAAUUGGAAGACUGGCCUUGCCGCAGGCGCAAGCGAAAUUCAAUGUUUCUGUUAAAAUGACUGUGAUAUUGUCCAGUAUCUGCUGUCUUGUUGUACGACAAAUUCUAGCAUACCAAACGGACAUGUACGUGUUACUAGUUCUAUCACUAUUCUAUGGCAUUGGAAGGAGUAUGGUGAUCGUUUCUAGAAAUAUUGCAAUUGCCGAAGAAUGUAGGAUGGACCAAGUGGCCUCUGCUGUAGGUCUAGGAAUGUUAAGUAUGGGGUUAAUAGUACCACCAGCAGGCUAUUUCUUAGGCUGGAUAAGAGAUUAUACAGGCAGCUAUAUCGUUUGUAUAUCUGCGCAAAAUGGAUUACUUGUUCUAUUUCUGGUAAUGUGGAUACCAGAUAUGUUAUAUCAAUACUAUAAAGAAAAGAAACAGAAAAAUAGAACAGACGAAACACAAUUGACGUAAGAGAGGGAGGGAAGAGAUGAGUUCACACAAACUGUGAUCAUUCAGACCAAAUAAUAAGACUAGUAAAGAGUAUCUAUAAUUAUUUAUGUAGUUUUUCAUAUUAGAGAAUUUUAUAAUAGAAGCUGCUUGUUGUGUUGUUCCAAAUGAUGCGUACCUACCACAGAACAUAUAUUAUGUUCUGUGUUACCUACAAUGCUAAGCAUUUAAUAGUCUGAGACUGAUAUUAUGAUUUAUGUGUGAAGAGUAAUAGGAACAAUAUGAGCCGAAUGACUAAGUCAUAAUAUGUCUACUAAAUAAAUUAUUGAAAUUAA